UCCGCCCAGCGCGGACGCACCAACGCCGGCCCCCAGCGGGCGAGCUCGCAGCAGGGACCUGGAGCCGGGAACCCGGAGCCCAGAGCCCAGGGGUCGCGCGGACAGGUUCGGCGGGCGCGGUGGCGCAGGUGUCCUUGAGUGGUGUUAGCAGUGAGUGAAAGAAGAGAAGAAAAUUAAGCAAGGGAGACGAAUUUUGGACUUUCCCACACCCAGGUCAGAAUGCUGCUCCUCUGUCAUGCCCUCGCUGUAGCCAUGGUCCAGACCUUUAUCUUCUCAGAAAACUGGGCAUUUGCCAAGAACAUCAACUUCUAUAAUGUUCGACCUCCUCUGGAUCCUACACCAUUUCCAAACAGCUUCAAGUGUUUUACCUGUGAAAAUGCGGGGGAUAAUUAUAACUGCAAUCGAUGGGCAGAAGACAAAUGGUGCCCACAAAAUACCCAAUACUGUUUGACAGUACAUCACUUUACCAGUCAUGGAAGAAGUACAUUCAUCACCAAAAAGUGUGCCUCCAGAAGUGAAUGUCAUUUUGUUGGCUGCCACCACAGUCAAGAUUCUGAACACACAGAGUGUAGGUCUUGCUGUGAAGGAAUGAUCUGCAAUGUAGAAUUACCCACCAACAACACUAACGCGGUCUUCGCAGUGAUGCAUGCUCAGAGGAUGUCUGGCAGCAGUGCCCCCUCGCUCUACCUACCAGUGCUGGCUUGGGCCUUUAUGCUGCCAUUGAUAUGAUGCCAUCAUUCCUGGGAGAGGCAGAGGCCAGCCCUCUGAAGCACACACUAACAACUGCAUCAACAGUGAACUUUGGAGAGAAGACCAAUCUUGUGCUUGAAGAAUGUGCACUGAACCCCAAAGCAGAAGCCAGUUUGCUUAAGCUAAAAUGCUUCUGCAUGAGGCCACUGAGGAAGGGGACUUGGUGGGGACUGAGGGAUUAUGUGGCUUUGGCUUCUUGAUCAAAGAGUCUCCAUUUUUUCACUUCUGUGAGGGGGAUCUUACCACCAUACACAAAGGUUGCAGUAACCUGUGUUGUCCCCAUCUGAUGGUUCAUAGAAAGGACUUCAUGGCAUUCUCGACUCCUUCAGGGGCUACUGGGUCAGACCUUCCCAUUUCUUCGACUGGCUCAGAGCAUCUCUAUGAAAUCUAACCCUUCUCCCGACAAGAAAGCAAUUUCCCUGCCAACAAUGUAGUCCAUGAAAAAAAUUCAACUAUAGGAAGAAAACUUUCAGUUGAAAGAAUAUGAAACCUGUUUAUAAUUGUGGGGGGAAAUAAAGCUUUUAAAUUAUGUAAUGUAAAAAAU